AUGUCAUCUCGAUUAGAACGUCAUCAUCACCAUCAUAGCCAUCAUCGAUCCAGACACCGCGAUGAGGAUGGGGAAAAUAAACACCGUCGGCGCAAGUCUCACCGGGUCGAAUUUCCGGAGAAGGAAACUGACGAAUCCGUUCGCGAAAGCUGCCGGAAUGAGAACUUUGACUCCCGAACUGCUAGGGGGCAUUCUUAUAUCGAUCGUUCAUCGAGCCUAUCAGCACCCAAGCGCUCGAACUCUACCCGAGUGCCUCCACGAGAAAGUCAUAACUCUACUGUGGGGAAAGGCCCAGUUCUUCUGCGAAAUACUACCCAACGCACCGUGAUGGCUCAUUGGGAAAAGAAAUACCCUAGCAGACGUUCCAGGGUAUCUGAUCCUCCUCAACACUCCUCUUAUACCACAACCAAAUCAAGCUCCCCUUCCAGGGGACGUUCUACCCACCAGACAACUAAGAUUCCCUCGAAAGCACAGAAAGCUCCACCCGUGAUUGCUCACCUUCGCUCGGCGCCGACGGUAGCUGUCAAAGAAAAACCAGAGAACCGCCCAGCGCUGGUGAGGGAGGGUGGGAAGAGUCCUAGUGUGUUCGGAACUUUUUUUCGUGGCCCAUCUCCUGCUAAGCCCGUGGUGGAGAAGAAGGUUACAUGUUUGACCUGUCUCUCGGACGACAUUCCUAUCAGUAAAGUGGCGAAGCUUGCCUGUUCCCACAGAAUGUGCGGGGACUGCCUCAAACGCAUAUUUGAGCUGUCCGUGAAGGACCCGCAACAUAUGCCCCCCAAAUGCUGCACAUCAGAUCACAUCCCUCUCAAACACGUCGACAAACUAUUUGACCAGAAAUUCAAGAUGCAAUGGAACAAGAAAUACCAAGAAUACACCACAAAGAACAGAAUAUACUGUCCCGCCAAGGGAUGCGGCGAAUGGAUCAAGCCCAGCAAUAUUCACCUCAAUACCCGCUCCGGUGCCACCGGCGGCCGAAAGUACGGCAAAUGCUCCAAGUGCAGGACAAAAGUCUGCGCUUUGUGCAACGGCAAAUGGCACAUGGGUAAUGACUGUCCGAAGGACGAGGAUACCAGACUCUUUGCGGAGGUGGCCAAGGAAGAGGGAUGGCAAAAAUGCUUCAACUGUAAGGCCAUGGUCGAGCUGCGCGAGGGCUGCAACCACAUGACCUGCCGCUGUACGGCUGAAUUUUGUAUGAUCUGCGGCGCCAAGUGGAAGACAUGCGAGUGUCCCUGGUUCAGCAACGCCGCCAUCGAAGCGGACCGUCUAAACCAUAUUGAUAUGCGGAGGAGACAGGGGCAUUUCCCCAACCACAUCCUAUGGGGGAACCCGAUGCAGUUCCAGCGGCAGAUGGAUAUGGAUAUGCGACGCCAGCAAGAGGUGAGGGAUGAGCAUAUGGCCAGGCACUUGCACCGCUGGCAGGAGAUGGAUGAACAUAUGACCAGGCAAUUGCACCUGAGACGCCAGCAAGAGGUGAGGGACGAACAGAUGGCCAGGAAUUUGCAGGGUCUUUUUGGCCGUAUGCAUAUAGCUAUGCCUGGAGGUUACGAGAUGAAUCCGAACGAGCAGCCCCGCUUUUAUCCAGUGCAGAUGCAGAUGCUGCCGUGGCAGGUCUAUAAUGAGGGUUUUGUCACUCCGUUUGAAGAGACGGGCCAUAUUUUACGCGAUCAUACGCCUUCGCCACCGCCACGAGAUAUAAGAUACGAAUAUUACGAGGUCCGGUCGAACAGGCAGCCGUAUUAG